CAUGGUCAAUACAAAAUAUUUCUUCAUCAAAUUUAUAUAUUGUUACAAUUUUAAUUUUAAUUUCCAGAUUCGGUUACCUGGCAAAUAUAAUAUUUCAAACAGAAAAGGAAAAAAAAAAGAGAAAAUAAGUUUGAAGGUGACGUGAGCGUAUUGUAAUGAGAAUUGAGGAGCAGUUACGCCCCGCCAAAAGCUCUCCCCAUGACUCCCAACAAAUACAUAAACAUUUCCCACACUGCAACUCAAAAAAAAACGAAGCAGUUCCAAAAUGAGAUCAUCAGCCUCCAUUUUAAUCCUCUCACUACUUUCUCUCUCACUCAUUCACUUCACCUCCGGCGUUCAAAUCCUCUCCAAAUCAAAACUCCAGAAGUGCGAAAAAGUCUCCGACGACUCAACUAACUUGAACUGCACUUCCAAGAUCGUCAUCAAUCUCGCCGUGCCUAGUCAAUCAAGUGGUAGAGAGGCUUCAAUCGUGGCGGAACUGCAGGAGGUGGAAGGGGAGGGGAAUUCGAGUAAUGCUAAUAUGCGAACGCUUCGGGUUCCGCCAGUUAUUACUGUUAACAAGUCUGCUGCUUAUGCGUCUUAUGAUUUGACUUACAUUAGAGAUGUUUCUUACAAACCUGAAGAACUUUAUGUUAAGACACGCAAAUGUGAGCCGGACGCUGGUGCAGAUGUCGUGAAACAGUGUGAAAGGUUGCGAGAUGAUCAAGGUCAUAUCAUUGAGCACACUCAGCCUACCUGUUGUCCUUGUGGGAACGAGCGAAGAGUGCCUUCAUCAUGUGGAAAUUUCUUUGACAAGUUGGUGAAAGGGAAGGCCAAUACUGCACAUUGUCUUCGGUUUCCAGGUGAUUGGUUCCAUGUAUUUGGUAUCGGGCAGCGGUCACUUGGAUUUAGUGUUCGAAUAGAAGUGAAGACAGGAUCUACAAUAUCUGAAGUGACUGUGGGUCCCAGUAAUAGAACAGCAAUCUCAAAUGAUAAAUUUCUAAGGGCGAAUCUUAUUGGGGAUUAUGUUGGAUACACAAAUAUCCCAUCAUUUGAUGAUUACUAUCUUGUUAUACCAAGGCAGGGUGGCCCAGGUCAACCAGAAAGUUUGGGAACAAAUUUCACUAUGUGGAUGUUGCUGGAACGAGUCAGGUUUACCUUAGAUGGACUUGAAUGUAACAAAAUUGGGGUCAGCUAUGAGGCUUAUAAUGGGCAGCCGGGUUUUUGCUCUUCACCAUUAUGGAGUUGCUUGCAUAACCAACUGUGGAACUUCUGGGAUGCUGACCAGAAUCGAAUUAGUAGGAAGCAGGUGCCACUAUAUUGCAUCGAAGGAAGGUUUGAACGGAUAAAUCAGCAUCCAAAUGCAGGGAGUCGUUCGUUCUCCAUUGGAAUCACAGAAGUUCUUAAUACAAAUCUACUGAUAGAACUAACCGCUGAUGACAUAGAGUAUGUGUAUCAAAGGAGUCCUGGAAAAAUUGUAAGCAUAACUGUUCCAACUUUUGAAGCUCUAACUCAGUUUGGAGCUGCUACAAUUACAACUAAAAAUAUUGGUGAAGUUGAAGCAUCAUACAGCUUAACGUUUGAUUGUUCUGCAGGUGUAAGCCAAAUUGAGGAACAAUUUUAUAUAAUGAAGCCAAAAGAAAUGCUCACUCGAUCAUUUAAAAUAUACCCCACUUCCGAUCAAGCAAGUAAAUAUGUGUGUGCAGCUAUACUAAAAGAUUCCGAUUUUAGUGAAGUUGACAGAGCAGAGUGCCAAUUUACUACCACAAGCACAAUUAUCGAUAAUGGAACACAGAUUGCUUUUCAACCACCAAAGAGCGGCAUAAAAGGCUUUUUUGAGUCUAUUGAAAUCUUUUGGAAAAGUUUGUGGGAUGGUAUGGCAGAUUUCAUUACAGGAAAAACUUGCAGACAAAAGUGCUCUGGUUUUUUUGACUUCAGCUGCCAUAUACAAUACAUCUGCAUUAAUUGGUUAUUGAUGUUUGGUCUAUUUCUGGCAAUUUUUCCUACAGUGCUUUUGCUAGUGUGGCUUCUACAUCAAAAGGGACUAUUUGAUCCUUUGUAUGACUGGUGGGAAGAUCACUUUUUGGCUGCUGAAGAUAUUCGUCCCUAUAGAGGGGAUGCCUACCCAUCUCAUGUUCAUGUUAGGAAACAUCAUAAGCAUGAUAUAAGGCAUCAUGAGGUGGAUAUGAAAAGAAAACAUAAAAGCAUCCAUGGUGAACAUAAAAACAAACCUUUAGAACAUACUACUGAUCAUCACCAUCAUCUUCACCAUGGUCACAAGGACAAACACAAACAUUAUAGAACAAGGAAUUCCAGUCUCAUAAAGCAAACUCCCUUGGACAGAAGGCAUGACGACAUAGUGGGCCAUCAAAGACACAGAAAGGAAGGAGAAUCUGUAGAACGACUAUACAAUAUUUCAAGGCAUGCUGAUGAAAGUCAAGAGGAAUUCCAUAAGCACAAACAUAUGAUGGAUAACACACGGCAUAAACUACACACUAAGAGGAACUAUUAGUGGCAAUUUAUUAUGUAUCUUCUGUUGUUUGCUGUUCAAGUUAAAGCAGCCUAAUUAUAUUUAAAACCACUUUUUUGGAGGGGAUGAGGUAUUGAGGUUGUUUUAUCAUAAUCUUAGUAAACACAUUUUAGUAGAGUCA